AUGGAAGGCUAUUUCGCUGUCAGCACUCAAGCCAAAACCUCCAAAAAGACCGUCUUUGCUGUCCUCGGUCUUCUAGCUGUUGUCGGAGUUGUUGCUACAAUUGCAGUAACAAGCUCCUCAGCUUCUCCAGCUCUUGCUCAGUUUGCCUUUGAGGAGCAAGAAUUCAGAGAUUAUAUGGACGAAUACCAGAAAUCCUACGAAUCUGAUGAAGAAUACGGAAUGAGAUUCAAAAUAUUCCGUGACAACUUAGCUUAUAUCCGCAUUUUCAACAGCCUUGGAAAUUCUUGGACUCUGGGUGUAAAUCAAUUCGCUGACAUGAGCUUCUCAGAAUUCAAGGCUAAGUACCUCCCGACCAAAUUCCAACCUAAAGAAGCAACCAACGUCGUCAUGCUUGAUGAAGUUUCAGUCCCAUCCCAAGUUGACUGGACCACCAAAGGUGCAGUAACCCCUGUCAAGAACCAAGGAAACUGUGGAAGCUGCUGGGCUUUCUCAACAACUGGAUCUGUGGAAGGUGCCUGGUUCCUUGCUGGACACACCCUUGUAUCCCUCUCUGAACAAGAACUUGUUGAUUGCUCAUCUAGUUAUGGAAAUCAAGGUUGCAAUGGCGGGCUUAUGGACAAUGCUUUCAAAUACAUCAUUGCUCAAGGCAUCACCUCAGAAGCAAACUAUGCUUACACGGCAGUCCAAGCCACUUGCAACAAGGCCAAAGCUUCCCAAGUCAGCGCUACCAUUAGCAAGUACACCGACGUUGCACCAGAUAACAUUUCUCAAUUACAAGCAACAGUUGCUCAAUAA